AUGUCGGAUUCUACGCCCAAGUCGGGGCUGCUGGGCUCGCUGCAUCGCUUUUAUAGAGGCACGUUUUAUCAGGCGUUUGCGCUUGGUCUUGUGAGUUUUACUCAGCCUGGUAUUUGGGAUGCAUUGAACAGUCUGGGAGCUGGUGGUCUCGCCACUCCGUACUUCGUCAAUGCCUCCAAUGUCAUCACCUAUGUGAUUAUGAUCGUCUCUUGCCCGUUGUUUGCCAUUGCUGGUAAUCGUUUCAACCUGAAAUGGGUUCUGGUUUCUGGUACUCUGGGUUAUGUGCCUUAUUUCGCUGCGCUGUACUGCAACAGUGUGUAUGGCACCCAGUGGUUUCUCAUCUUGGGAUCCGUGACUUGCGGUUUCUCGGCAUCAGCACUCUGGGUGUCUGAGGCUGCCAUUGCCGUUGGUUAUCCCGAAGUUGAAAACCGAGGUUUCUACAUCGGUAUCUGGAUGGCCCUGAACAAACUGGGCUCCAUUAUUGGAAACUCCAUCCAACUAGCUCUCAACAUCCACGACUCUGAAAAAGGCAGCGUCAGCCCCAACACCUACCUGGCACUCGUCGGAUUGAGUUGCGCCGGUCUCCCACUCGCCAUGACCAUCGCAUCACCAAACAAACUCAUCCGCAAGGACGGCACGAAACCAACCUACAGCAGCGAGGAGCGCAUCUCCGUCAAAGACGGCCUGAAGGGUCUCUGGCGCGCGUCUAAAACAAAGCACAUGAUGCUCCUCCUCCCCAUCUUCAUCACCGUCCGCUGGAGUACCACCUACCAGGGCAACUUUCUCACCGAAUACUUUUCCGUCCGUGGACGCACUCUCGCCGGCUUCGUCGCUACCAUCGUCGGUACAAUCGCCACUGUCUUGUGGGGUUGGUUGUUGGAUUCACAGAAGAUCUUCCGCACGAGAAAGGGUCUUGCCGUCGCAGGGUGGAUGCUCAUGCUGGCAUUUUAUAUCCCACAGUGGGUCCUUAACUUUGUCAUGCAGGAUAAGCUGCAGAAUACCCACCCGACUCCGUCGUUGGAUAUCCAUGACCCUGGUUUUGGUAAAGCGAUUGCCGCGUACAUUCUGUUCAAUGUCGGAAGCAACGCCUCAAACGUAUGGACCUAUUGGAUCCUUGGAACAUACGACGUCCACGUUGACGUGCUCGCAUACACAACCGGUAUUCUCCGCUCAGCAGAGAGUCUAGGUUUCGCCGUCGCGUACGGUAUCGGAGCCAGCAGCAACGUCUCUCUCAUGGCCAACUUGAUUGUGUCGUUUGUCGUGUUCUGGGUUAGCGUGCCUUUCACGACAUAUGCUUCCUUCAUGGUCCAGGAGCGACCAGAAGGCGAGUCAAGCGGAGUGGAAGACCCCGAACAGAGCAAGCAGGUGGACAAGGGUGAUAUCCAGACGACAGCGGAGGAGCAAGGCGCAGAACGUCGGUGA